AUGAAAAUGUAUUUAGCUGAAAUUUUUAGUUCUGGUAAAGAGUCUUUGUUAUCUUUAAAGGAUACUUUAGGAUCUAGUAAUUUUUCUCCACUGAAACCAUGUGAAGGCCUUGAGUGUUUACCACAAGUAUUAUUUUUGUACGUUAUAUUUCUUUUAUUAUGUACAGGAAUUUUUAUGCAUAAUAAGAAUAAGCUUAAAAAACAACAAAGGUUAACAAAUAUGAAUGAUUCAUAUGAUGCAAAAAAUUCAGGAUUCGCAGAACAGUAUGAUCAACAACAACAUUAG